AUGUAUAGAAUUGUGCUUCUCUACUAUGAGGAUCGAAACUGCAUUCGAAUCUUGUGGCGCUGGUCAGAGGACAAGCCGAUCCAGGAAUACUGUCUAAAUACCGUUACUUACGGUACCAAAAGCGCAUCGUAUCUGGCGACAAAAUGUAUACAGCAGCUUCUGCUCUCCCAUCAAGGGCAAUUUCCGGAUGCAGUCGAGAAGGCUAUCAAGGGGAUUUACGUCGACGACGUACUGACGGGUGCUGAUUCUGCUGAUGAAGCCAAGCAACUUCGACAAGAGCUUUCCAUCACCGAAGCCCUAGAAGGUGUUCCUGAGGCGGACCUUGAAAUGAAAAUUCCCAUCGAGCUCAACGAACCCAACACCAUCAAGGCCCUCGGGAUCCACUGGCAGCCGUACAGUGACGAAUUCCUGUUCAGCGUCCAACCACCCAAGAUCCUUCAGCCUACAAAGCGCAUCAUUCUCUUCAACAUCGCCAGCCUUUUCGACCCACUCGGUCUGCUUGCGCCUAUCAUCAUCAAAGCGAAGCUACUGAUGCAACAUUUGUGGGAACUGAAGGUGGACUGGGAUGUUAUUCCCCCUGGUGAGUUGACUAAUAUCUGGUUCCGAGACGAGUUAUCGGCACUAACAGGACGUCGCGAAUUUUCCUGCACGGCUACAGUGAUGCAUCCGAGCAUAUACAUCCGGGCGAUCGACGAUGCUGGGAAUAAUAGUUCACAUCUACUCUGCGCAAAGUCCAAGAUUGCGCCAAUUGGAAAUAAACGAACGACGCUGCCACGUUUGGAGUUAUGUGCUGCAGUGAUCCUCGCACGACUCAUCAACAACGUAGCAAGCGCCAUCAAUCAACUUUUCUUCGAGAUACGAGCUUGGGUGGAUUCAAGUGUUGUGCUUGCCUGGCUCAACGGCGGUGCUUCCCGCUGGAAAACCUUUGUUGCCAACCGGGUGGCAGAAAUCACCACGCACCUACCGGCAGUCAAUUGGAGCCACAUCGCAUCGGAGCAAAACCCCGCUGAUCUCAUUUCGCGCGGUGCAUCGCCAGAACAAAUUCAGCACAACAGUCUGUGGUGGAAUGGUCCUGCAUGGAGCCCCAUAGGUGAGCAAUGUGAAUCAACCGACAUCCCUACACUGACCAACACUGACCAACAGCACAUUGAUAGGGAGCAAAGAGCUGGUGCAGUAGCCGUUUCUCUCAUCACUCUCUAUGAAAAUGACUUUCUCGAUGGAAUGAUGGCACGAUAUUAUCCCGAUCUCAGGAUGCUGCUUCGGGUCACUGCUCGUAUUCUUCGGUUGAGGUAUCCUGACUCUCGAUCGAUUCCUCGUCUGUUACCACGGGAGCUUGAGCGAGCCCAAACAGUUUACAUUCGCCACGUUCAGCAACAGCACUUUCGUGAAGAGCUGGAUCGUUUGCGGCAUGAUGGAGAAGUUAGUUCGCACAGCAGUUUGCACCAACUCAAGCCAUUCCUGGACGAAGAGGAUAAUUGA